AUUUAUCUCGAGACGGCGCAGUCUUAUCGUCAGAACGGUCAGCGCGUUACGGCAUCGGCUAAUCUAGGAAUUCCUGUUGUCGCGGAAAGAGGCGCAUUAUCGGAUGUCGCGCGGCGCGUACGCGGCUCGCAUUGUUGCGCAACGCGACGAUGAAUCAACGGAUCGGCGUCGAUCAUUCACUGCGCCGGAGGAGACAGACGCGUGCCCAGCGCCGCGUUCGCAAAUUGGCCAAUUAUCACGCAAAGAUGAAACAUCUUUGGCCGUUGCUGACGUGGAUACUUCUAUCUUCGUAUCCGGUCGAAUCUCGUAACGGACUCGGCCGUGGAUCGAGGCGAGAAGUAUUCUUCUUGAAUCUCGAGGACGGCUACUUUGGCUGCCAAGUCAACGAGUCGACGGACGUCCUUCAGCUGCUCGAGCUCUCGAAGCUCUGCGACCAUCGCGCCGACUGCUAUCAGGGCGCAGACGAGCAGCGCAACAGGUUAAAGUGUACAGACGACUGUACAAAAGAAGACGGCACCAAAUGUCAAAACGGUGUCUGUCUGGAUUCGGUCUGUCACUGUAACGAUGGAUUUGGAGGAUGUAACUGUCAAGUUCCAGACGAGAACGAGUGUAAAUAUCGGCCCUGUGAUAUAUUUGCCCACUGUACAAAUACUCUUGGCAGCUUUCAAUGUUCCUGCUUUCCCGGAUACCAAGGCGACGGCUUUCAUUGCGAGGAUAUCAACGAAUGCGACGAUCCAAAGAUCGCCGGGCGUUGCGUCGAGAAUGCCGAGUGUUGCAAUCUACCCUCGAACUUCCUGUGCAAGUGCAAAUCCGGCUACAUCGGCGACGGCGAGGUGCAUUGCGAGGACGUGGACGAGUGCACGAUACCAGGCGCAUGCGGCGACAAUACCGUGUGCCACAACACACCCGGCAAUUAUACUUGCACGUGUCAGGACGGAUUCACGGGAGACCCGUUCAACAGCUGUAUCGAUAUUGACGAAUGCAAAUACGAGGGUGCUUGCGGAAGGGGUGCAUUAUGCGUGAACUUACCAGGCGCGCAUAAGUGCGAAUGUCCCGAAGGAUACGACGGAAGUCCUGAGGAGCAGUGCAGGGACGUCGAUGAAUGCCUGAGGAGUCCUUGCGGACGUUCCGCUCUUUGCACGAACAUACAUGGUAGCUUCCGAUGUUCUUGUCCCGAUGGAAUGGACGGUGAUCCAAUGACAGGUUGCCACGAUGUGAACGAAUGCGAGGAGAAUUCGCCCUGCGCCGCGGAAUCGGAGUGCAUCAACACCGAGGGUAGCUACGAAUGUAGAUGCCACGCCGGCUACAGGAUGGAUCCUGCUCACGGUUGCGUCGACGUGAACGAGUGCGUCGGCGGAGACGCUUGCGCGGCCAACGCGAGGUGCAUCAACGUCCCGGGCUCGUACAAGUGCAUUUGCCCGCUGGGUUUCGUCGGUCAGGGACUAACCCGAUGCGAAAACGUGAACGAAUGCGAGCGCAACCCCUGUGGCGAGAACGCCGAGUGCAUCGACACGAUCGGCAGCUUCGUCUGCAGCUGCAAGACGGAUUACACCGGCGACCCUUUCAAGGAGUGCAGCGAUAUCAAUGAGUGCACGGCUUUGGACAAUCCUUGUGGAAGAAAUGCGAUUUGCAAAAACGAAGUACCCGGUUACAAUUGCCUCUGCCCGCCGGGGUACAGUGCCAGCCCCAGUCCGGCAGUAGCAUGCGAUCAGACCGACGUGACGACUCUUUGUAAAUCGAAUUUCGAUUGCGUCAACAAUGCCGAGUGCAUCGAGGGACAAUGCUUCUGCAAGGAUGGCUUCAAGGCCGUCGGUGCCGAGUGCGUAGAUUUGGACGAGUGUCUUACUAAUCCUUGUGGACCUGCGUCGAUCUGUACAAAUACUCGGGGAAGCUAUCAUUGCGAAUGCGAGUCUGGAUUUGUUGGUACUCCACCCCAUAUACCGUGCAAAGCGCCAUGCGAUGAGGUAACUUGCGGCGAACAUGCCUUCUGCAAGGCGGACGGUCACGAAGCUUAUUGCAUUUGCGAAGAUGGUUGGACCUUCAAUCCAAACGACAUUGCGGCUGGAUGUGUCGACAUAAACGAAUGCGAUGCGAUAAAUGGACCUUCUGGACGAUGUGGCAGGAAUGCCAUUUGCACGAAUACACCUGGUGGUUUUAGUUGCCAAUGUAAACCUGGAUACUCAGGAAAUGCCUUCAAGCAGUGUAUCGAUAUUGAUGAAUGUAUCAAAUCCGAUGUUUGCGGUCAUGGAGCAACGUGUACCAAUACCGAAGGUUCUUACACUUGCACUUGUCCAGAAGAAACCAUCCCAGAUCCCGAUCCUUACAUCAAGUGCGUCGGCAUAGUCAGAUGCGAAGUUGAUGACGAUUGUCCAGGAAACGCUAUUUGUGAUCCACAGAAGAGAUGUCUGUGUCCUGAGCCUAAUGUCGGAAACGAUUGCAGACAUCCAUGCGAAGAUCUUUCUUGCGGACCCAACGCGCAUUGUAUGCUCUUGAACGAUGUGGCGACGUGCCUUUGCAGCAACGGCUACACUGGAAAGCCCGGAGUGAAGGACGGUUGCCGAGACAUUGACGAAUGCGCGAUAAACCCGUGCCCUCCGGGUGCAAUUUGCAACAACGAACCCGGUUCGUUCUCUUGUCAGUGUCCGAGCGGCAUGACAGGUGAUCCUUACAGUGGUGGUUGUCAAAAAUCCAAAACACCUCACGUGUGCGGGCCCAGUGCGCCCUGUCCCUCUGGAGAACAGUGCAUCAAGGACGAAUUUGUGGGCAGCAGCGUAUGCAUCUGUCAACGCGGUUACACGCGCGAUCACGAGACCGGUAAAUGCAGAGACAUCAACGAAUGUAUGGAGCUCAGAGAGAAGCCCGCCUGCGGUGUCAACGCAAUUUGCAAGAAUCUCCCUGGCAGCUACGAGUGCCAAUGUCCGCCAGGCUUCAAUGGAAAUCCCUUCUCGCUUUGCGAAGAAUGCAACAGUAUCGAAUGUCAAUGUCAACCACCGUACAAGAUCGUUAAGGGUAAAUGCAUGCUGGCCGGAUGUUCAAAGGGUGAAAAGUGUCCGAGUGGUGCCGAGUGCAUAACGAUUGCCGGUGGUGUCAGCUAUUGCGCUUGUCCCAAAGGCUACACGACCAAAUCUGACGGUUCCUGCGAAGACAUAAAUGAAUGUAUCGUGGGCCAUCAAAUUUGCGGUUACGGUGCCGAGUGUAUCAAUCUACCGGGUUCUCAUCAAUGCGUAUGUCCGCACGGAUAUGGCGGCGAUCCGUAUAACGGGCUCUGCUCUCCGGCGCAGAAGAGAUGUACCAACGAUCACGAAUGCAAGGCUAACGAGAAGUGCGUGCAACCCGGGGAGUGUGUGUGCCCACCGCCAUUCUACACGGAUCCGUUGGAUGGAAACCUCUGCAAGAAUCCUUGCGACCGUUUCCCGUGCGGUAUUAACGCAAGGUGCACACCGAGCGAUCCGCCGCGGUGCAUGUGCGAGGCUGGUUUCGAGGGUGAUCCGCAGCACGGGUGCAUCGACGUGAACGAAUGCGCGAAUAAUCCUUGCGGACACGGCGCAUAUUGCAUCAAUACGAAAGGAGAUCACACGUGCGAGUGUCCCAGAGGAAUGAUUGGCGAUCCUUACGGUGCUGGCUGUACCGGAGUCCCGACUGGCAAGAGCGAGUGCUCGUCGAAUGAUGACUGCGAAAAUUAUUUAGCAUGCGUUCAAGGAAGUUGCGUGAAUCCUUGCGACAAUGUGCCCUGCGGUCCGAAUGCGUAUUGCGAGCCCGAUAAACACGCGGCCUGGUGCAGAUGCGUGAUCGGUUUUACGGAAGGCAAGAACAACGAAUGUGUAUCACAAUGUGACGGUUUUGUUUGCGGUGGUGGAGCACAGUGUAUCGUUAGCUACGACGGACCGACUUGUAAAUGCAUCGAAGGUUUUAUGGGGAAUCCUUUCCCUGGUGGACAGUGCGUUCCGGAUGUUUGCUCACCUGAAAUCCCAUGCGCCGAGCCAAGUGUUUGCAUCAGCGGACGUUGUAAACGGCGUUGCGAAGGGGUGAUCUGUGGCGUUGGAGCCAUGUGUGAUCCUUUAACAAAUAAAUGUGUGUGCAACCCUUACUUUGUCGGCAAUCCUGACCUGCUCUGUAUGCCACCCAUUCAGCCACCGCACUGCGAUCCAUUCUGCGGAAAAAAUGCACAUUGCGAGUACGGCCUUCAAGAAUCAAAGUGUGUCUGUAAUCCUGGUACCAGCGGGAAUCCUUAUCACGGUUGCGGCGUUCAAGAAAAGUCCGAUUGCUCUACCGCGGUGUGCGGAAAGGACGCACAUUGCAAUGCGGGUCCCAACGCUGUCGAGUGUCUCUGUCCAUCUGGUUUCGCUGGCAAUCCAUAUAUUCAAUGUUACGAUAUCAAUGAGUGCAACGGAAACGCGUGCGGCAGCAAUGCGGUAUGCAUCAAUACCCUCGGAAGCUACGAUUGUCGUUGCAAGGACGGUUUCUUCGGCAAUCCGUUCGUUGGAUGUCAGCAAGUACAAGUAGCUCCAUGCGCCGAUCCCUCAACCUGUGUUUGCAGCAAUAAUGUACCAUGUCCCUUCGAUUACACUUGCGUCGAUCACAAAUGCGUGAAUCAAUGCAGCGGCGUAAAAUGCGGUCCUAGAUCUGUCUGUCAGAACGGAGUGUGUAUAUGUCCACCUGGUUACAGCGGUAAUCCGAACAAUCUGCACAAAGGCUGCCAUUUGCAUGGUCACUGCUCGAAUGAUCUCGAGUGCGAGCCGCAAGAGAUUUGCUUCCAAGUCGGCAAAGGAGUUCGCAAGUGCGUGGAUGCGUGCAGCAAGUUGCAGUGUGGACCUAACGCACUAUGCGUUACGCAGAACCAUAUAUCCUCCUGCUUGUGCAUCGACGGUUAUCAGGGCAAUCCGAGCAAUCUGGUCGAGGGUUGCCAGCCAUCCAAAUCCGUAAUACCUGGAUGUGCACACGACUCGGAUUGUCCAUCAGGUUCCUUCUGCAUCGCCUUGGACGGCGGUGUGCGCGAUUGCGUAAAUCCCUGUAGCAAGGUGGUUUGCGGCGCCUAUCAGAAGUGCGAACCCGACGUCGUACCUGGUCACGCCACCUGCAAAUGUCAAGACGGUUACGAAUGGAAUCCGGUGCUAUCGUCCUGCGAGAAGCCAUCGGUGCCCGAUUGUAUAAGCGACGACGAUUGUCGUUCGAGCGAAGGCUGCAGACCGGACGCGCUCGGCGUGUUGAAGUGUAUGUCGCUCUGCGACGGCUUCACCUGCACCGCGAAUUCCCGCUGCGUGGCGGAGAAUCAUCACGGCCGUUGCGAAUGCCUGCCGGGCUAUACCGGAAAUCCGAACGAUCGUCGCGGCUGUCACAGCCCCCGUGAGAAUCGUUGCUCCACGGACAGCGAGUGCGCGGAGGAUCGGACGUGUCGCGGCACGCCGGACGGCCCGCUCGCUUGUCUGCCGGUUUGCGACUUCAUCACCUGCGGUCCCAACGCGCUCUGCGUCGUUAACAAUCACGUGGCGAACUGCGAGUGUCCGCUCGGGCAGUACGCCGGCGAUCCGAACGACCCGACGUCCGGAUGCCGCGCCGUGCCUUGCGUCUACAACAUCGACUGCCCGCCGACGCAACUCUGCAAUCGGCUCACGCACACCUGCUACGACGCCUGCGACGAGAAUGCGUGCGGCGUGAACGCAGUCUGCAUCGCGGACGAUCACAAGGCGAUCUGCCAGUGCCCGCCCGGGCUCCGUCCAAACCCGGUGCCCGACGUCGAGUGCGUCGCCGUGGAGGCGUGCCGUCCGGACUCCUGCCAUCCGACCGCGCUCUGCGUCGCCGGUCCAAAGAACAAUCCCGUGUGUCAAUGCCCGCCGAAUCACGUGGGCGAUCCUUACGUGAACGGUUGCCAGCCAGAGGGAUAUUGCUCUGGCCCGAAGGAUUGCCCGGUGCAUUCCGUCUGCCACGAGCAUCGCUGCGUGAAUCCGUGCGAGAACGCGUGCGGUCUCAAUGCGAUUUGCGAGAUUGUGAAUGGCCAACCGAGUUGCAGGUGCAUUCACAGGUUCGUGCCGUCCUCGAAGGGGCCGGAACACGGUUGCGUGCGAGUCACCAAUUAUUGCAUCGUGGACGCCGACUGCGAGGACAGUGUUUGUCUCGAUGGACAGUGCAGAGCUGUGUGUCGUUCAGUCGCUGAUUGCUCGGAUGGAGAGAAAUGUAUCAACAACAAAUGUAUGGUAUCAUGCAUUGGGCAUUCUCAGUGUCAAGUGGACCAGGCGUGUGUUAGUGGAGGGUGCAUCCUCGGCUGCCGCAGUAAUAAAAACUGUCCGACUACCGAAUCGUGUAUCAACAACAAGUGUCAAGAUCCUUGCAGUAGGAAAGACGUGUGUGGGCCCAAUGCAAUCUGUAGUUGCGCGAAUCAUGCGAUCACAUGCACGUGUCCUCUCGGCUUCCACGGUAAUCCUACUCCGGAGCAAGGUUGCGUUCGAGUGCCCAAUGCGUGCCAAACUUCACAAGAUUGUCCCAGCCAGCAUCUAUGUGUCUCCGGAUUAUGCCAAUGUCAGUGUUCAGAGCAGAACAAUUGCGCGCAGGGCGAGCGCUGCAAGAAUGGUAUUUGCGUGAAAGUUUGUUACAGCGAUAGUAAUUGUCUACCUGGCGAAUUGUGUAUCGAUGGCACCUGCGAGGCGGGUUGCACCUCGGAUGUCGGUUGCAAGCGCGACGAAGUGUGCAUUAACAACAAGUGCAGAUGCAGCCAUGGAUUCAUUUCCGGUCCUGAACAUUGUCUGGACAUCAACGAGUGUGACGAUCAACCAUGUCAUCCAAGUGCUGAGUGCAUUAAUCUUCACGGAUCUUAUCGCUGCGCAUGUCCUCACGGCACUGCGGGUGAUCCUGUUGGAUUGGGCUGCGUGUUGCCGCAUCAAUGCACCACGCACACGGACUGUCUUGAUACGCAGGCCUGCGUGCAACACAACUGUUCGGAUCCGUGCUCCUUUGUUAACUGCGGUUUAAAUACCAUUUGUAUCGUUCUGGAUCACACGGCUGGUUGCCAAUGUCAGCCUGGUUACAUCGGCGAUGCCUCAGGGUGUUUCAAAGUAGAAUGCCUUUCUAACAGCGAUUGCCCGACGGAUAAAUAUUGCAAUCAAGAAACCAACAAGUGCAGCAGUCCUUGCAAUCAAGUAAAUUGCGGAUAUGGCAAUUGCUUAGCCAUCAAUCAUAUCAGCGUGUGUAAAUGCUACCCUGGCUUCACUCUCGUCGGCGACAUCUGCGUUGAUGUUAACGAGUGUUUGCAAAACCCUUGCCAUUCCUCAGCUACAUGCCAAAACACGGAGGGAUCGUUCGUCUGUGCUUGCCCGCACGGUUUAGUAGGAGAUCCAUUCAAAACUGGUUGUAAGCAACCCGGCGAUUGUUUCACGGAUUCAGAUUGCCCGAAUUCAGCCGCCUGUGUCGACAAUAGAUGCACUAAUCCAUGCGACGCACCGGGUAUUUGCGGUAGAAACGCAGAAUGUCUCGCACGUGAUCACGUCCCAAUUUGUAGAUGUCCCGGACAAACUACAGGAAAUCCAGCAACGGAAUGUGUUCAUCUGGAAUGCAACUAUCAUAGCGACUGCAGUCCAUCGGACGCGUGCUUUGAUCAUAAGUGCGUUGACCCCUGCUCUCUUUCGAACGUUUGCGGACAUGGUGCUGAUUGUUCAUCGCUUAAUCAUAGCGCGGUAUGCACCUGUCAACCUGGUGGCACAGGUGAUCCGAAUCUUGGAUGCACUCCACUUCAGUAUUGCAAAAGUGACUCGCAGUGUGCAACCGGUUCAGUGUGUAAUGGAGGAAUAUGCACAGCACUCUGUGGAAGUACAAGAGAUUGCAUUGGCGAUCAACUUUGUAUCAAUGGCCUUUGCCAGCCUACUUGUAGAAGUAACUCUAGCUGCCCAGAAUAUCAAUACUGCCAUAAUAACAUAUGUGUUCAAGAAUUACGUUGUACUUCAGAUAGUGAUUGCUCAUACGACGAAAAAUGCAUUAAAAACAAUAUUGGACAGGCUGAGUGUCGUAGAGCUUGCGAUUUAAUACUCUGCGGUCGUAACGCCGAAUGCAAAGCUAAUAAUCACGCCGCGACGUGUUCCUGUAAGCACGGUUUCUUCGGAAAUGCUAAAGACGACAAAAUUGGCUGUCAACCCAUCGAGUGCGAGGUCAACGAUGAUUGUACACAAGAGAAGAUCUGCGAUUAUCACAGAUGCAGAAUCGCUUGCCUCGCGCACAAUCCUUGUGGCGUGAACGCUAUUUGCACAACGGAAAAACAUGUUCAAGUUUGUACAUGCCAACCUGGAUACACCGGAGAACCCACGCGUGCUUGCAAACUGAUAGAUUACUGUGCGAACGCGCCCUGCGCACCAGGCGCGUUGUGCGAAAACUCCCGAGGUCACUUCAAGUGUCAUUGUCAACCCGGCACAGUUGGAGAUCCUUAUAACAGUGGCUGUCAACCACCGGUAGAAUGCCUGCAGGACUCGGAUUGUCCGCUAACUGCAAAAUGUGUUAAUAUCAACAACGUUCCGAAAUGUUUUGAUGCUUGCGCACGUAUUCGAUGUGGUCCAAAUGCAGAUUGUGUCGCGCUCAAUCAUGCCGCCAGUUGCGAAUGCCGCGCCGAUUAUGAAGGAGAUCCUAAUAGUCUGAGCGUGGGAUGUCGUCCGAAACCAGUGAGCUGUUCAUCACAAGUCGACUGUUUGGUCAACACCUAUUGUUACGAAGGCCUUUGUCGACUAUUUAAUAAAAUAAAUAUUAUCAUUUCAGCAUCUUGUCAAUCGGACGAGGAGUGCAACUUGUCGGACGUUUGCUUGAACGGACAAUGCUUAGAUCCGUGCGACGUGAGAGGAGCCUGCGGUAUAAACGCGGAAUGUAAAGUGAGAAGUCAUAUUAAACAGUGUAGCUGUCCACCGGGCUUCACUGGCAACUCCGAGGUAGAAUGUGUAAGAUUGCCAGUAUCCUGUCUCGGAAGCGGAGACUGCAUCGCAGGCAACACCUGUCGCGAGAAUGUUUGCCUGCCAAUCUGCGUCGUCGACGACGAUUGCGCGUUGAACGAGAAGUGCAUUCGUGGCAAUUGUUUGCUGACUUGCCGGCUGGACAACGACUGCUUCCUGGGCCACAUCUGCCUGAACAACAUGUGCUCGUUCGGCUGUCGCGCCGACGAGGACUGCAACGCGAACGAGGCGUGUUUAGGGAACAAGUGUGUGAACCCGUGUGAGGCUACGCCGUGCGGACCAAACGCUAAAUGCACCGUCUUUAACCAACGUGCCACGUGCUCCUGCCCUACCGGGUUCAUACCAAAUCCGACCGCGAAGGUCGCGUGUCUGAGAACACCAGGUCCAAUCUGCCAGGCAAAUCGGGACUGCGCCAUAGGCACAGCCUGCAUCGCUGGUACUUGCACACCCGUCUGCUCGACCAGUGCGAACUGCUUGAGUAACGAGAGGUGCGACAGUUCUGGCAUUUGCAAGUCACUUUGCAGACGGGACGAGGAUUGCAGAAGCGGCGAGAUCUGCGAGGGUCUGAUGUGUGUAUCCGGUUGCCGGGCGGAUAUCGAAUGCCAGGACAGUUACGCUUGUAUAAACAGCCGAUGCAUAGAUCCGUGCUCGUUGGCUGGCGCCUGCGGUGUGAACGCUAAAUGUACAACUCUCAAUCACCAAAAGAUAUGCACGUGUCCAUCGGCUUUAGUGGGAGACGCUCAUACCGGAUGCAAACAGACUUUCCUCCCUUGUUCAUCCGAAGUUGACUGCUUACCGGAACAAAUGUGUUACGGCAGAUCGUGUUAUUCCACAUGUAGAAGCGAUGCAAAUUGCUUGAGCGACGAACGAUGCGAUGGCGGCAUUUGUAAAGCGAUAUGCAACAGCGACGAUCACUGCGUCGCAAAUCAAAUAUGUCACAAUCGCAUGUGCGACAUUGGAUGUCGCAGCGAUAACACAUGUCCGAGCGACGAAUCUUGUAUCAACAAUCAAUGCAGAAGUCCAUGCGAGGGUGGCAAGGCGUGCGGCGAAUGCGCCGGCUGUCGAGUGAUCAAUCACGUGGCUCAAUGUAGUUGUCCCGCAAAUUAUUACGGUAAUGCCUUAAUCAAUUGCGCGAAGACGAUGAUUCCGUGCGACGGCUCGUGCGAAUGCGACGAGAUCGGCUUCUGCACCACCAACUGCCACCAUCAGGAUGAUUGUUCUUGCGGCGAGGUCUGUCACAGCGGCAAGUGUCGCAUCAAGUGCGAUAUCAACAACGCGUGUCCAAAGGGCUACGUUUGCGAUGGAGGUUUAUGCUUGGUUGGCUGUCGCACCCAUUCCGACUGCCCGUCAUCAUUGUCGUGCACAAACGGCCAGUGCGAGAAUCCAUGUUCCGCUCAUGGAUCGCCCUGUGGAAUAAACGCGCUCUGCCGCGUCUCGAGCCAUCGUGCGGUGUGCUUAUGUCCGGAAGGCUAUCAGGGUGAACCGAGCCAGGAGUGCUAUCAGCUUGAGUGCCGUCACGACGACGAUUGCGAGCCGAACAAACGUUGCAGCGAAUUUGGGGUUUGCACAAAUCCGUGCUUACAACACGGUGUUUGCGGCUUCAAUGCGCAGUGCCGUGUAAUUAACAGGAAGGCGCAGUGUUCCUGUCCGCCGGGACACUUUGGCAAUCCAAAGAUCAAUUGCAAGAAAGGCGGGGACGAAUGUUUGCGAAGAUCUUGCGGUGUUAAUGCUAAAUGCCGAGAAACUGUAAAUGGUUUCGAAUGCACGUGCGAUCCGGGAUGUCACGGUGAUCCGCAUCAGGUUUGUCUCUGCGACGGUGAUCUUUGCAAGGACACCCGUUGCGGCGUCAAUGCAGCUUGUCGAAUUUACAAGAAUCAACCGCAGUGUUAUUGUCCACCGAAUCAUCCAUCGGGUGAUCCGAUGCACGCAUGUAGCUCAGAUAGAGAUUUAGGAGACUGUCGGACGAAUGGAUGCGGAAAGAAUGCCGAGUGCAUUAGGGACGGAGCUAUAUUCGUUUGCCGAUGUCCACCAGGUACAAGCGGUUCGCCAGAUAUUGAGUGCACAACAGAGCGCGAAUGCACCAGCGACUUAGAGUGCCCCAAUGAAAAAGCCUGCAUAAAUCUACAAUGUCUGGAUCCGUGCGCGCUACGCGGUGCCUGUGGGAUCAAUGCCCUGUGCCGAGUGGUUCUGCACAAGCCGCGUUGCUCGUGCCCGCAGUGCUAUAUCGGCAUGCCCCAUACGGCCUGCCAUCCAGAUUCCAAAUGCGACACGCUCAAUCCCAAACCUACGCCGAGCAUCGGUUGUUCCUCCGAUUACGACUGUCCGGAGAGUCUCUCCUGCCACUCCCAGACAGGCGAGUGCCGCGACCCAUGUUUGAGCUCUCGGUAUAACUGUGAAGUCAACAAGAGGUGUCAGGUGCGGAAUCACAAACCUAUGUGCGUUUGCAAAUACGGCUUCGUAGUCAACGAAAUCGGGGAAUUGACCUGCGCUCCCGACACACUUACCUGCUCGAGGGACUUCGAUUGUCCCUCGAACGCCGCGUGCGUCAACGGAAAAUGCCAGAAUCCCUGUAACGUACGAAACAAAAGACCAUGCCCGGCUGAUAAAACCUGCGAUGUCCUGGACCAUCGUCCCGUGUGCAUUUGCACCAAAAACUGCAAUCCCUCCCUCUCCAUUUGCCUGCGAGACAGUGGCUGCUCUCCAGACUUGGCGUGCCGCAACUAUCGCUGCGUGGACCCAUGCAGAAACUCCACCUGUCCGGCUGAUGCCCCCUGUUACGUGGAGGAGCACAAGCCUAUCUGCAAGUUCUGUCCCCCCGGCUUUGUGCCAGAUACUAAAUACGGAUGCAUGAAAGACGUGAAAUGUACCACGCACAACGACUGCUCCCUCCAAUUGGCUUGUGUAAAUCAUCAGUGCGUAAAUCCUUGCACUUUGGGCAAUCCGUGUGACUUCAUUGAAGCUUGUCAUGUCCAAUAUCACAGACCGGUUUGUGUUAAAGGUACAUUUGCAAUUAAAUCGAAUAGCAUUUUGCAUUUUGUAUGCAAAGAGAAAAAAAUACAUUUUUUAUUCUGUGCGAUUUCUUUCAGUGCCAAGCAACGAAGCAGAAUGUCCUUAUUGCCCACCUGGUAUGCAAUGCGACCCGUCGACAAACACUUGCAUCAAAGGUUCGUACGACCAACAUUACGUUUGGUUUCAUCUAAUUUUAUUUUCAGUCUUUUUUCGGGUUGCACUAGCAACAGGGAUUGCCCCUUGACAGAAGCGUGCAUCGGGCACACUUGCCAGGAACCGUGCCUAGUUCGAAAUCCUUGUGCGGAACAUGCUAUUUGUAUCAAUACAAAUCACGGAGCAGACUGCAGUUGCGACGAAGGCUAUCACGGAAAUGGAUUCUCCUAUUGUGAUUUGGUGGAAGAAUUCAAGAAUAUUUGUCAAUACAAUGAAGAUUGUCCUCCAAGCAAAUACUGCGAUCGACUCAACAGACAGUGUAUCAAUCCUUGUGUUGAGUUUGAUUGCGGAGAAAAUGCAAAGUGCGUCUCCAGUAAUCAUCAAGCGCAGUGUACGUGUCUUCCAGGAUAUCAAGGAAAUCCUCAAGUUGGCUGUCAGGAAAUAGUGUUGAUUAUCGAUCCUUGCGUUCCCAAUCCGUGUGGCUUGAAUGCUUUGUGUGAGAAUGACAAUGGAAAUCCUGUUUGCUUCUGUCCGAAAGGUUUAACCGGGAGUCCAUUUGAACAGUGUAUUCCAGAAGGUGACCAAUGCGAAGGUAAUCCCUGUGGUGUCAAUUCAGGAUGCCGGGUGGUGAAUGGACAAGUGAAGUGCUUCUGUCUGCCGGGAUACGAAGGAGAACCGCCGCAUUUCCCCUGUACACUUCCUAGUACUUCCUGCGAUCCUUCUCCAUGCGGUCCUAAUACUCGCUGUUCCGUGUUAGAUAACGGCUUCGCAAAGUGUACCUGUCUGCCUGGAUACAUCGAAAGCCCCAAUACCAUUAGGGGAUGCGUACCGAAAAUCGAUCAGUGUGAAUCUAAUCCAUGCGGUUUUGGGGCGAGAUGCAACAGCACGAGAGUACCUCCUUGUUACUGUCCAGAUCUCACGAUUGGAAAUCCAUAUAAGAGUUGCGGAGCACGACCAGCAGAACCGUAUGAUCCUUGUUUACUAUCACCCUGUGGCAAGAAUGCUAUUUGCACAGCGAUCGAUGGCAUAGCCAAAUGCACGUGCAUACCGCCGUUUAUUGGCAAUCCCUAUAUAGACGGUUGCGAAGCCGAGUGCAUUGUUAAUCGAGAUUGCGAAAGUCACCUGGCUUGCUUUAAUCAGCACUGCAGAGAUCCGUGUCCAGGUGUAUGCGGUAGUAAUGCACAUUGCGAAGUUGUCGAUCAUCUUCCGAUGUGUUCUUGCCUGCCAGGAUAUACUGGAGAUCCGUUCAGAGCUUGCAAAGUAGAAAGACCAUUAGUUCCAGAUCAGAAUCCGUGUAUGCCAUCGCCAUGCGGUCCACACAGUAUCUGUCGGGUAAUGAACGAUCGUGCAGUUUGCUCAUGCAGCCCGGGAUAUCAAGGCACUCCGCCGCAUUGUCGUCCAGAGUGUCUCGUCAGCACGGAAUGCCCGACUCAUCUGGCUUGCAUUAAUCAGAAGUGUAAUGACCCUUGCCCGGGACUAUGUGGUUUGAAUGCUGAUUGCCAGGUCAUCAAUCACAACCCGAUCUGCAGCUGUCCUCGUCAAUAUGCUGGUGAUCCUUUUACACAGUGCGUUAAGGAAGAACCUUUCCCGCCAACUACGAAUCCUUGUUUGCCAUCGCCUUGCGGGCCUAAUGCUGAUUGCCGUGUGCAAGAAGAUCAUCCUAUAUGCACGUGCAUCAGUGGUAUGUAUGGUGCACCGCCAAAUUGUAGGCCAGAGUGCGUGAUCGACCAAGACUGUGUUAGCUCCCUAGCUUGUAUUCAAAAGAAAUGUUUGGAUCCAUGCGUUGGAUCAUGUGGAUUUAAUACAAACUGCACCGUGCAGAAUCAUCGACCUAUAUGUCAUUGUUACGAAGGCUACGAAGGAGAUCCUUUCUCAGGCUGUGCUAAAGCUGUCUUCCCGGCGCAACUGCCAUGCGAUCCUUCACCAUGCGGAGCGAACGCCGUAUGUAAAGAGCGUAAUGGUGCGGGAUCUUGCACUUGUUUGCCCGAUUACACUGGCGAUCCAUACGAAGGCUGCAGACCAGAAUGCGUUCAGAACUCGGAUUGUAUUCACACAAAGGCUUGCAUUAACAACAAGUGCAAGGACCCGUGUGUAGGAGCGUGCGGAAUUAACGCGCAAUGCCAAGUUUAUAAUCAUCAGCCAUCCUGCAGUUGCCUUUCUGGUUAUACCGGAGAUCCACUUACUUCUUGCCACAUACCAAUAGAGCCUUCGGUACCGGGUGACACAUGUCAACCAUCUCCUUGUGGUCCGUAUAGCAACUGUCGCGUUAUCGAUAAUCACGCAGUGUGUUCCUGUCAGCCUAAUUACAUCGGCAGCCCACCAUCGUGCCGGCCAGAGGUGAUCAAUCACAAUCCAGUCUGCAUCUGCACGAUCGGCUACAGCGGAGAUCCGUUCUUCGGAUGCGUUAAGGAAGAAGUAACACCGAUACCAAAACCGAGCGGCAAUCCAUGCGUGCCUUCGCCGUGCGGGCCAAAUUCUCAGUGUCGGGUGAUCGAUGGAUUUCCGGCAUGCUCGUGUCUACCGAAUUACGUGGGCCGUGCACCAAAUUGCCGUCCCGAGUGCGUCAUAAACGAAGGAUGCCCCGGGAACCUGGCGUGCCAGAACGAACAAUGCGUGGACCCAUGCCCGGGCUCUUGCGGCGUGAACACAUAUUGCAACGUGGUUAAACACAAUCCCGUCUGCAUCUGUAACGAGGGCUACACAGGCGAUCCGUUCACGGAAUGCAUACCCAUCGUAGAAGUGCCUAUCACGACGGAGCAACCACGCACGCCGUGCAAUCCGUCACCGUGCGGCGCCAACGCGGUGUGCAACGAACGAAACGGCGUUGGAUCUUGCACAUGUCUGCCGCAGUACUUCGGUGACCCGUACAUCGCUUGCAGGCCCGAAUGCGUGACCAACGCCGACUGCGAUCGCAGCAAAGCCUGUCUGAACAAUAAGUGCGUCAAUCCAUGUCCCGGAACCUGCGGCCCAGGUGCCACGUGUCGCGUCGUCAAUCACGCUCCCAUGUGCACCUGCCUGCCGGGUUACACCGGAGACCCGGUGAACGGCUGUGCCCCCGUCGACGUCGUGACGCCGUUGCCCAUACCGAUCGAUCCCUGCGACCCGUCACCGUGCGGACCUAACAGCAAUUGCCGAACGCACGACGGGCACGCGGUGUGCCUGUGUCAACCGGGAUUCUCCGGCGUCCCGCCGACCUGUCGACCGGGUUGUAUCGUCAGCUCCGAAUGUCCACAGAACAGAGCGUGCAUUAAUAACAAGUGCGCAGACCCGUGUCCCGGCUCCUGCGGACAGAACACAAACUGCCUCACGGUGAACCACAAUCCCAUCUGCAGCUGCGCCCCCGGCUACUCCGGCGAUCCCUUCGUGCACUGCAGCAAGAUUAGCACCACAUCGCCGUUACCGAAAGGAGAAGGAGAUCCUUGUUUGCCAAAUCCUUGCGGUCCGAACUCGCAGUGCAGAGUGAUAGGCUCGCAUCCGGCAUGUUCCUGCUUGGCGAACUACAUUGGCCGUCCACCGAAUUGCAGACCUGAAUGCACGGAUCACUCGGAAUGUCUCAACUCCGCGGCGUGCGUCAAUCAAAGAUGCAAAAAUCCCUGCCCUGGCGCCUGCGGCGAGAUUGCCAGAUGCACAGUGCAGAAUCACGUUCCUAUUUGCACCUGUCCGGAAGGAUACGAGGGCGAUCCCACUGUGCGCUGCGUCCCGGCUUCUCCGCCAGCAACAGACAGACCUGUGUCGAAUCCAUGUGUGCCGAAUCCUUGUGGUCCCAACGCGCAAUGUCGUGAAAGGAACGGGGCAGGCGCCUGUGGAUGUCCACCGGACCUGAUAGGUGAUCCUUAUGACAUUGUCAAGGGAUGUCACAGAGAAUGCGAAACGAACAACGACUGCGCGCCGCAAUUGGCUUGUGUCGGCUUCAAAUGUACAGAUCCAUGCCCCAAUACUUGUGGAACAUUGUCCAUUUGUAACGUACAAGCGCACGUUCCUGUUUGCCUGUGUCCUCCAGGAUAUACGGGAGAUCCAUAUUUCGCUUGCGAAAUCGAAGAGGUGAUAAAAACACUGGAACCAUGCUCUCCAUCGCCUUGUGGACCCAACAGUAAAUGCCGAGUUGUUAACGAUCAAGCUGUAUGCACCUGUUUACCAGAAUAUAGAGGCAUACCACCAUCAUGCAGACCAGAAUGUAUCGUUAAUGCUGAGUGUCCACCUCAUCUGGCAUGUGUAAAUAAAAAAUGCGCAGAUCCUUGCCCGAAUACUUGUGGACUGAGAGCGCAGUGUACUACCAAAAACCACAAUCCGAUUUGUACAUGUCCUGCUGGUUUCACAGGAGAUCCUUUCACUUUGUGUUCGCCGUAUGUCACUACCGAAUUCCCAAUAACUGUCCGACCACCAUCUUGCACCCCGUCACCUUGCGGUCCUAAUUCCUUGUGUCAAAUCAUAUCUGGCAGUCCUGCGUGUUCCUGUUUACCAAAUUACAUUGGCGUACCGCCGCAGUGUCGACCGGAGUGCAUUUUAAGCUCCGAAUGUAAGAGCCAUCUCGCAUGUGUCAAUCAGAGGUGUGCGGACCCGUGCCCAGGCUCGUGUGGAAUAAACGCUCAAUGUCACGUAUUAAAUCAUCUGCCAGUUUGCACGUGUAUAGAAGGUUUCAGUGGAGAUCCAUUUACGCAAUGCAACGUUAUUCCGCGAGUUACAGAACUACCAAUCACGAACCCUUGCGCUCUAUCUCCAUGUGGGCCGAACGCCGUAUGUGAGAAUGGUGAAUGCGUAUGCUUGCCCGAAUACAUCGGCAAUCCUUACGAGGCCUGUCGCCCUGAAUGCAUCCUCAAUUCAGAAUGCGCCCGCGACAAAACAUGUCUGAAGAACAAAUGCAAGGAUCCUUGUCCCGGAAUAUGCGGUCAAAACGCACGAUGCGAUGUAGUGAACCAUAUUCCCGUCUGCUCCUGCCCAUCCGGAUACAUCGGCGAUCCGUUCGUUAGCUGUCGCGUUCAGCCUAGAGUUCCGGAGUCUCAGAGGGAUCCGUGUACGCCUUCGCCGUGCGGACCAAACAGUCAAUGUCGCAACAUCGAGGAGCACGCUGUGUGCUCUUGUCUUCAAGGCUAUCUUGGCUCCCCACCGUCUUGCAGACCGGAAUGUCUCGUUAGUUCCGAAUGUCCGCCAACGCGGGCCUGUGUAAACAAGAAGUGCACAGAUCCAUGCUUAGGUUCGUGCGGCCUGAAUGCGAGAUGCGAGGUGAUCAACCACUCGCCGAUCUGUAGCUGCCUUCCUGGACAGACUGGAGAUCCGUUUAGAAGUUGUUAUGACAUUCCACUGCCACCGGAACCUAAGGACCAGGGCGAUCCUUGCAAUCCUUCGCCAUGCGGACCAAAUGCGCUUUGUAAGAAUGCAAAUGGACAACCGUCGUGUUCGUGUCUGCCUACAUACAUCGGCACUCCACCAUCAUGUCGGCCAGAAUGCUUGAUCAAUCCUGACUGCCCACCGGAAAAGUCCUGCAUAAAUAUGAAAUGUAAAGAUCCUUGUCCAGGAUCCUGCGGGGAUAAUGCCGACUGUAAAGUAGUAAAUCACGCAGUGACUUGUUCAUGUAAGAUCGGAUACACGGGCAAUCCGUUCGUGCAAUGUAUAUUAGAAGAGGAAACAAUAAAUCCAUGUGAACCUUCGCCGUGUGGAGCUAACGCGAUCUGUCAGCAACGGGACAACGCUGGCGCUUGCAUAUGCAUCGACGACUAUCAAGGAAAUCCUUAUGAGGGCUGUCAACCAGAAUGCGUCCUCAGCGCGGAUUGUCCCACAAACAAGGCUUGCCUCCGUAAUAAAUGCAAGGAUCCUUGCCCAGGAGUGUGCGGCGUCCGGGCGCAGUGUUCCGUGAUCAAUCACAUUCCAACGUGCACUUGCGAGCCUGGCUACAUCGGGGAUCCAUUUACGAUUUGCACCCUUCAACCACCGGAGGUGGAGACCGAGCCUACCGUCAGAGAUCCAUGCUUGCCUUCACCCUGCGGACCGAACAGCUUCUGCCGCGCCGUGAACAAUCAAGCCGUGUGUACAUGCCAAGAGUCCUUCGUGGGCGCUCCGCCGAAUUGCAAGCCGGAAUGUGUCGUCAAUUCGGAAUGUCCGCAAAACAGAGCUUGCUACAAAUACAAAUGCACGGAUCCAUGCCCCGGCACGUGUGGAAUCGAAGCUAAUUGUCGUGUCAUUAAUCACAAUCCUCUCUGCAGUUGUUCGCAAGGAAAGACGGGCGAUCCUUUCUCCAGAUGCUUCCCUGAACCUGUUGUGCCGUUACCACCGAUGGAUCCUUGUUUCCCAAGUCCAUGUGGGCUCUAUGCGGAGUGUAAAGUGGUCAAUGAUCAGGCAGCGUGUACUUGUUUGAAAAAUUACAUAGGUAUACCACCCAACUGUCGCGCAGAGUGCAUAGUUAAUACAGAUUGCCCGUUGGAUCAAGCUUGCAUCUCAGAAAAAUGUCGCGAUCCUUGCAUUGGCUCCUGCGGUCAGAAUGCUGAUUGUCGGGUACAAAAUCACAUACCAAUUUGUUUAUGUCAACCUGGAUAUUCUGGCGAUCCUUUCAGUCUGUGUACAGUAAUUAGAGAACAACCGAAGGUACCCGAAGAUUUGUGCAAUCCGUCACCUUGCGGCCCUAAUGCGGACUGCAACGAAGGUGUAUGUAGAUGUUUACCCAACUACUUCGGGGAUCCGUAUUCGUACUGUCGGCCGGAGUGCACAAUGAAUUCAGACUGUCCUCGUACCAAAGCUUGUAUUAAUCAAAACUGCGUGGAUCCUUGCCCAGGUACGUGCGGUCGUGAUGCACGUUGCGACGUUGUCAAUCACGUCCCAAUGUGCAGCUGUCCGCCUGGUUACACUGGAAAUCCAUUCCUUCUGUGUCGACCACAUAUACCAGUUGAGACCGUUAAGCCUUGUACACCUUCGCCUUGUGGGCCAAAUAGCAUCUGCAAAGUCGUGAAUGAUCAUGCUGUGUGUUCAUGUCAACCUGGUUUAAUUGGCAGUCCACCUGCUUGCAAGCCAGAAUGCGUUGUCAGCGCCGACUGUCCAUUGACACAAGCGUGUCUGAAUAAUAAAUGUCAAGAUCCAUGCCCAGGCACGUGCGGACAGAAUACAAAUUGUCAAGUGGUUAAUCAUAAUCCAAUAUGCAGCUGUUCUGAAUCUUAUACAGGCGAUCCUUUCACCAUAUGUUAUCCGCAACCAAAAACACCACCCGCGCCGAUGAACCCGUGUCUGCCAUCGCCCUGCGGUCCGAAUGCGGAAUGUCAAGUGAGGGGUGAUAGUCCCGCGUGUUCGUGUAUCGAAAAUUACGUCGGUUUGCCGCCGAAUUGCCGACCCGAGUGUACGAUCAAUCCCGAGUGUCCGCCGCAGUUGGCGUGUAUGCAACAAAAGUGCCGCGAUCCGUGCGUCGGUCUGUGCGGUCUGAACGCUCAGUGUUCGGUAGUGAAUCACCAUGCGGUUUGUGCGUGCAUCGCCGGAUACACCGGAAAUCCAUUCAGCGCUUGCGAACGAGUACCCGAGGAUAUACCACUAGAUAUUAGAAAACCAUGCGAGCCUUCCCCUUGUGGCCUCAAUGCCGUCUGCCGUGAGAGCAAUGGCGUUGGCUCGUGCACCUGUUUGCCGGAUUACCUAGGUGACCCUUAUCAAGAAUGCAGACCCGAGUGCACGCAAAAUUCCGAUUGUUUAACAAGAAUGGCGUGCGUGGACUUGAAAUGCACAGACCCUUGCCCAGGAACAUGCGGAGUGAAUGCCCAAUGCCAAUCAGUUAAUCAUCUGCCGAUUUGUACUUGCAUCCCCGGUUAUACCGGCAACCCUUUCACGUACUGUUCCCCGAUAAUUGAAACUCCUCUGUCAGAAACAGACCCAUGCAGCCCAUCCCCCUGUGGACCAAACAGUAAAUGCCGAAACGUAAACGGCGUCGCCGUUUGUACCUGUCUCCCGAAUUUUAUGGGCAACCCUCCCAAUUGUCGAGCCGAAUGCGUGGUGAACAGCCAAUGCUCUCUGGAUCUUGCUUGCGUCAAUCAGAAGUGUGUAUCGCCCUGCCCGGACUCAUGUGGAAUAAACACACAGUGUAAAGUGAUCAGUCACAGUCCCAUCUGCAUCUGCAAUCUUGGUUAUACCGGAGAUCCCUUUACAAGAUGUUUCCCCGCCCCCCCAGCACCGAUAGAAUUUCCCAUAGCCCCCAAAGAUCCCUGCGUGCCCUCUCCGUGCGGCACAUACGCGGAAUGCAGGAAUAUCGGUGGCACACCAUCGUGCUCCUGUUUGCCAACUUACAGAGGAUCACCGCCAAAUUGUCGUCCCGAAUGCCGCGUGAAUUCCGAAUGCUCGAUGAACCUUGCCUGCAGCAACGAGAGAUGCAGAGAUCCCUGUUUAGGCUCCUGCAGCAUCACCUCAUUGUGCACAGUUUAUAAUCACGUACCCGUGUGCACCUGUCCCGAGGGAUAUACCGGCGAUCCCUUUAGCAAUUGUUAUCCAAGACCGACAACGGCACCUGCGGUUAUCGAUCCUUGCAGUUUGAACCCUUGUGGACCGAAUGCACGAUGCAACAAUGGCAUCUGCAUAUGUUUACCUGAGUAUCAGGGUGAUCCCUACGUGGGUUGCCGUCCCGAAUGCGUGAUGAAUACCGAUUGCGCCCACGUUCGUGCGUGCGUGCGUAACAGAUGUGUGGAUCCCUGUCCGGGCACAUGCGGUCGAAACGCGCUGUGCUCCGUAUAUAAUCACAUACCUAUGUGUACUUGUCCAGCCGGAAUGACUGGCAAUGCCUUCGUUCAAUGUUCCAUCGUCGAAGAUAUCCCGAAGGGAGAUCCCUGUUCACCCUCGCCCUGCGGGCCCAACAGUCUUUGCCGGGAAAAUAACGGGCAGCCUGUGUGCUCGUGCGUGGCGGGAUUCCUCGGGGUGCCGCCAGCAUGCAGACCGGAAUGCACUGUCAGUUCCGAUUGUCUUCUGACAGAAGCGUGCAGCAAUCAAAAAUGCAUAAACCCUUGCCUCGGCGCAUGCGGGAUUCGAGCCACGUGUCAAGUGAUCAAUCACAACCCCAUAUGUAGUUGUGGAGAACUUACUGGAGAUCCAUUCAUUCGAUGUAUUCCACGACGUAAGAACGAAUAUCAACUACGAGAAAUCAUUACUACGGCAUCAUUAUUGAUUUCGCCCGAACCCGUGCAGCAAACAAACCCCUGUGUACCGUCUCCUUGUGGAGCGAACGCCGAGUGUCGGGUUGUAGGCGAUGCUCCUUCGUGUUCGUGUCUAGCUGGAUUUUUGGGUUCGCCACCGUACUGUAGACCGGAGUGCAUUAGCAAUAGCGAAUGUCCUGCCCAUUUGGCGUGCGUGAAUCAGAAAUGUAGGGAUCCUUGUGAAGGCUCUUGUGGAGCUAAUGCCGAAUGCCGCGUAGUGAGUCACACACCCAUGUGUGUUUGUCCUAGCGAUUUCACCGGCGAUCCAUUUACGCAAUGUACAAUGAAGCCACUUUAUAUUAUACUUUCAGCUACGCCAAUCGCAGUAUCGCCGUGUAAACCAUCGCCUUGUGGCUUUAAUGCCGUUUGUAAGGAGCAAUUCGGUGCCGGAUCCUGUUCUUGCCUUGCCGAUUAUGUCGGCAAUCCUUAUGAAGGAUGUCGACCGGAAUGCGUGGUUGAUACGGAUUGCAUAUCGAUUCUUGCUUGCAUACAAUCCAAAUGCAGAGAUCCAUGUCCUGGCGUUUGCGGACAAUUUGCCGAAUGCCAAGUUAUUAAUCACCGACCCUCUUGCACGUGUAUUCCCGGUUAUAGCGGCAAUCCUUUCCAAUACUGCACUAUAAUUCGCGAUAUCGUCGAAACCCCGAAGGAUGUUUGCAAUCCGUCGCCUUGUGGACCCAACAGCCAAUGUCGUGUUAAUAACAAUCAAGCGGUCUGUUCUUGUUUACCGAUUUUUAUUGGUAGCCCACCCGCAUGUCGCCCUGAAUGCGUGACAAGCUCAGAUUGUUCUCUCAAUCUUGCCUGCUUGAAUCAAAAAUGCCAAGACCCCUGCCCCGGUUCCUGCGGCAGAAAUUCUAAUUGCAGAGUCAUCAAACAUAAUCCGAUUUGUUCUUGCAAGAACGGCUUUACCGGUGAUCCAUUUACCAUUUGCUUCCAGACACCUGUGAGCCCACCCAUUGUAAGUGACGUCAGAGAUCCAUGCAUACCGUCACCUUGUGGCGCGUUUUCCGAAUGUCGCGAUACAGGAGGAGUGCCAUCGUGUUCUUGCUUACCAACAUACAGAGGCAGUCCGCCAAAUUGUAAACCGGAAUGUACGAUCAAUGCGGAAUGUCCAGCUAAUAUGGCUUGCAUGCAGCAAAGAUGUAGAGAUCCCUGUCCAGGCUCGUGCGGCUUUAUGGCUGAAUGCAGUGUUGUAAAUCACGUGCCGAUUUGUUCAUGUUUGCCCGAUCACACUGGCGACCCUUUCAUUCAGUGUUCCUUAAGUCCACCUGUUGUCCCAUCCAAGCCGGAUCCAUGCACACCUUCGCCUUGCGGACCCAACGCGCAAUGCAAUGCGGGAAUUUGCGUUUGCAUAGCGGAAUAUUUCGGAGAUCCUUACAGAGGCUGUCGGCCGGAAUGCGUAUUAAAUAACGAUUGCCCGAACACGCAGGCGUGCGUGCGAAAUAAAUGCGUGGAUCCUUGCCCAGGUGUUUGCGGCCAAAACGCUGUGUGCAAUGUAUACAAUCAUGUUCCCAUGUGUAGUUGUCCCUCAGGAAUGGAUGGGAAUGCUUUUGUCCUAUGUUCUCCUGUACCAGCACCGCCCAUUAGCAAUCCAUGUAACCCGUCUCCGUGUGGCCCGAACGGUCAGUGCCGACAAAAUAAUAUGCAGGCUGUAUGUAGUUGUAUAACUGGAUUCGUCGGCGCGCCCCCGACUUGCAGGCCUGAGUGUGUAAUUAGUUCCGAUUGCCCGAAGAACCAGGCGUGCACUAAUCAAAAAUGUCAGGAUCCUUGUCCUGGAAGUUGCGGACGUAAUGCAAUCUGCAACGUUAUUAAUCACAAUCCAGUUUGCGUCUGCCGUUCCGGGAUGACUGGGGAUCCGUUUAUUAAUUGCUUCCCACUUCCUGAGGAACCGUUGCCUGUACUCGAUCCUUGCCAACCGUCACCAUGUGGACCGAACGCGCAAUGCCAAGUGAUCAAUGAUCAACCCUCUUGCUCGUGCCUGCAAGAAUUUAUCGGAGCACCCCCGAACUGUCGAUACGAGUGUAUCAGCAAUAGCGAGUGCUCGAACAAAAUGGCUUGCAUUAAUCAAAAGUGUCGUGAUCCGUGCGUCAACGCAUGCGGCAUUAAUGCCGUUUGUAAUGUUGUUAGCCAUACGCCGAUGUGCGCGUGCACCCCUGGUUACACCGGCGAUCCAUUUACGCAGUGUUCUCCGCAACAAUUCGAAAUACAAUCUGGCGGCGUAUCUACGCCGUGCACACCAUCUCCGUGUGGUGCAAAUGCAGUAUGUAGAGUUCAGCAAAAUGCUGGUUCUUGCUCAUGCGUCUCUGAUUACAUCGGCAAUCCUUACGAGGGAUGCAGACCCGAGUGCACCCUCAAUUCCGACUGUCCGUCCAAUCAGGCGUGUAUCGGAUUGAAAUGCAAGGAUCCCUGUCCGGGAACGUGCGGUCAAAACGCGCAGUGCUACGUGAUUAAUCACGUACCAACUUGCACUUGUUUCGAGCGAUACACGGGAAAUCCAUUCAUAUUCUGCAACCCCAUCGUUGAAGCUCCGGUUGUAGAAGAGACGAGAAAUCCUUGUCAACCAUCUCCUUGCGGACCGUAUAGUCAGUGCAGAGCAAGCAACGGCCAAGCUGUUUGUUCUUGCCUGCCGACUUACAUUGGCGCACCGCCCGGCUGUAAACCCGAAUGCACAGUUAGCACAGAAUGCGCGACAAAUCGCGCUUGCGAGAACAACAAAUGCGUCGAUCCCUGUCCCAAUUCGUGCGGUCAGGGCACGACGUGUAGAGUCGUAAAUCACAGUCCAAUAUGCAUGUGCAAACCUGGAUUCAGUGGUGAUCCAUUCGUACGCUGCUCAUUCGUACCACCCACUCCGAUCUUACCGAGUCCACCUUCGGACCCUUGCAUACCCUCUCCAUGCGGACCAAACUCGCAAUGCCGCAAUACCAAUGGUUAUCCAUCAUGUUCUUGCAUGAUUAAUUAUAUUGGUACACCACCAAAUUGUCGCCCCGAAUGUGUCAUUCCUGCCGACUGCCCGAGCAAUCAGGCAUGCAUUCGCGAGAGAUGUCAAGAUCCCUGUCCAGGUUCUUGCGGCCUAAACGCCGAUUGCACUGUUCACAAUCACAUUCCAAUUUGCAGGUGUAUAGAAAGUUAUACUGGUGAUCCGUUUAUCGGUUGCCAGCCUGUGCCAAUAUAUGACGAACCAACGCAGGCCCCUGAUCCCUGCAGUAAAUCACCCUGUGGACCAAACGCUCAAUGCAACAAUGGCAUUUGCACUUGUUUAUCUGAAUACUUUGGCGACCCAUACGUUGGCUGUCGACCGGAGUGCGUACUCAGUGCAGAUUGUUCAACCGAUAGGGCGUGUAUACGAAAUAAAUGUGUCGACCCUUGUCCAGGCACCUGCGGACAAAACAGUUUGUGCAUUGUGAUAAAUCACACACCAAUGUGCAGUUGUCCCCCCGGUACCACUGGAAACGCGUUUAUUUCUUGCGAUAUAAUGAGAGUUCCAUCCGUGGCAAGACCAUGCAGCCCGAAUCCUUGCGGUCCGAACAGUAUAUGUCGAGAAGUGAAUGAACAAGCCGUGUGCACUUGUGCGCCAGAAUUCCUCGGAUCGCCACCCCUCUGUCGACCCGAGUGUACCCUUAGUUCCGACUGUCGACCAAACGAAGCUUGCGCUAAUCAAAAAUGCAAGGACCCUUGCCCCGGUACAUGCGGCAUCCAAGCAAGAUGCGUGGUCGUCAAUCACAACCCUGUCUGCUCGUGUCCCGAACAAUACACAGGCGAUCCGUUUAUCAGAUGUGACGUCAUGAUAGCGCCUGUAGUAGUAAACCCUUGUCAACCUUCACCUUGCGGUCCGUACGCUCAGUGCCAGGUCGUUAACGAUUUGCCGUCCUGCUCCUGUCUACCCGAGUACAGAGGCUCACCCCCGUACUGUCGACCAGAAUGCAUCUCCAAUCCCGAGUGCCCCAGCCACCAAAGUUGCGUGCGACAAAAGUGCAGAGACCCCUGUCCAGGUUUAUGCGGGGAGAGUGCGGAGUGCCAUGUAGUACAACACGUGCCCCAUUGCGUCUGUUCCUAUGGUCUCACCGGUGAUCCAUACACGCGCUGCUCUGCGAUACCACGCCCAGUGGAGGUGGAACCAGAACGAUCACCCUGCGCAAUCUUUGAAUGCGGUGCGAACGCGAUAUGUAGAGAGCGAGAUGGUGUCGCAAUUUGUCAGUGUAUCUCUAAUUAUGUCGGCAACCCGUAUUUAGCGUGUCGACCCGAAUGCGUCAUUAAUCCCGAUUGCCCGUCCAAUUUGAUGUGCGUAAGAAACAAAUGCGUCAAUCCCUGCGCCGGUAUGUGCGGCCAGAAUGCCGAGUGCUCGGUUGUCAAUCAUCAACCGAUCUGCACGUGUUUCCCCGGAUAUAUUGGAGAUCCCUUCGUUACUUGUUCCGUAGAUAAAAUAAUCUCAGAUGAAAACGUUUGCGCCCCAUCACCCUGUGGACUCAACAGCAAAUGCAAAGAAGUGUCCGGACAAGCUGUCUGUUCAUGCCUACCAUCGUAUAUUGGAUCUCCACCUGCAUGUAGACCCGAAUGUGUCGCUAGCUCAGAGUGCCCCUCGCAGUUAGCGUGCAAGGACUACAAAUGUGUGAAUCCCUGCCCAAGCCCAUGCGGACUCAAUACCAAUUGCGUAGUCGUUAAUCACAGCCCCAUCUGCAGUUGUAUGACCGGUUACAGCGGAGAUCCGUUUACUAUAUGCAUGUCAAUACCACCCGCUGUAACGCCACCGCUAGUACAGAAAGACCCUUGCGUACCAUCCCCAUGCGGUAGUUUCUCCCAAUGCAGAAAUAUCGGUGGCUCUCCCGCAUGUACCUGUCUGGAGAAUUACAUGGGUCAGCCGCCCAAUUGCCGACCCGAAUGUACCAUACACUCGGAAUGCCCCAGUGAUAAGGCCUGCAUUAAUAUGAAGUGUGUGGAUCCAUGUCCCGGCUCGUGCGGCACCAAUGCCCUAUGUUCGGUCAUUAAUCACAUUCCUACGUGCAGAUGUCCCGAAGGAUAUACCGGAAAUACCUUUGCCCUUUGCGAAUUAUUACCAGUGACACCGACUCCAUCCCCGGUCGAAGAUGCCUGCGUUCCAUCACCCUGCGGUCCUAACGCGCAAUGCUUUAACGGUAUCUGUACCUGUCUACCGGAGUUCCGAGGAGAUCCCAAUAUAGGUUGCCGACCGGAAUGUGUCCUGAACGCGGAUUGUCCCCGCGAUAGAGCGUGCAUACGUAACAAAUGUAUGGACCCAUGCCCCGGAGCUUGCGGCAUUAACGCGUUAUGCACCGUGAUCGCUCACGUUCCCAUGUGCAGUUGUCCCGGGAAUAUGACCGGCAAUGCAUUUAGCCAGUGCACACCCUUACAAGGUAUACGUCCUAUCAUUUACGAUAAGUACCAUAUCUGUCCCCCGUACUUGAAAUCAUAUAAAGUAACUAUGUACUUUUUUCUAAAUAAUUUCCGGGAAUUAUGUAUUCAUUAUUUUUGUGUCCCAGAUAUGCCACCCGCUAAUCCAUGUGCCCCUUCACCCUGCGGACCAAAUAGCGAGUGCCGUGUUAUAAAUAAUCAAGCGGUCUGCUCCUGUGUAAGAGGAUAUCUAGGUAGCCCUCCGACCUGCAGACCCGAGUGCAUAGUCAGCACGGAUUGCCCGCAGAAUGAGGCUUGUAGCAACCAAAAGUGUACGAACCCUUGUCCUGGAAGUUGCGGAUUAGGCGCAUCGUGUAAUGUAGUAAAUCACAACCCAAUUUGCGUUUGUCCACUCUCUCAAACGGGCGAUCCAUUUGUUAGAUGUUAUUUAUCACCACGUAAGUACUGCUUGUUACAUCCGUGUAUAUGGCCGUGUAUAUGGCGAGAUUUCAAACAAGUUUCAAGAAAAUUCUUGUUCUCUUUCUCUACAUCGAACUUUGCCCUUUUAGCCGAAACACCUGUUUCACGUCCCACGCCAUGUCAGCCAAGUCCAUGCGGCCCCAACUCGCAAUGCCGACCUCGUGAUGACGAAUCUAUAUGCACAUGUUUACCUGACUUUAUCGGCAGUCCGCCUAAUUGCAGAGCGGAAUGCGUCAGUAACAGCGAGUGUUCUAAUCAUUUAGCCUGUAUUAAUAAGAAAUGUCAGGACCCGUGCGUUGGUUCUUGCGGUGCGAACGCUAAUUGUCACGUUGUCAGUCACACUCCUAUGUGUUCUUGCGUGAACGGUUACACCGGUGAUCCAUUCACGCAAUGCAUCUUAAGAGAACCCACGCCAUUACCGCCUGCGCCUGUUGAUCCCUGCACACCCUCUCCUUGCGGCUCUAAUGCAGUGUGCAAGGAGUUCAACGGUGCCGGUUCGUGUACAUGCUUGCCAAAUUACACCGGCAAUCCGUACGAAGGAUGUAGACCAGAGUGCGUCUUAAAUUCGGAUUGCCCCGCCAAUUUGGCUUGUAUAAACCUGAAAUGUAGAGACCCGUGUCCGGGAACGUGUGGACGCAAUGCGUUAUGUCAGGUGAUAAAUCAUUUGCCGGUAUGCAGUUGUUAUCCCAGAUACACCGGCGAUGCUUUUUCAUAUUGCACUCCGGUAGAAAUAGAAGCGGAAAAUGCUGUUAGUAAUCCUUGCGAACCAUCACCAUGUGGGCCCAACAGCGUGUGUCGCGUGGUAGAAAACACGAGCGUCUGCAGUUGCUUACCCGACUUUCAAUGGGUGGCCAGCCCACCAAACUGCCGUCCUGAGUGUACCAUCAGUACCGAAUGCGCUUUCAAUCUGGCAUGCGUCAAGUACAAAUGUAGCAAUCCUUGUCCUGGCUUGUGCGGUUCCAAUGCGAGAUGCGAAACGAUCAAUCACAAUCCUAUAUGCUCAUGCCCGCCUGGCUUUACUGGCGAUCCAUUUGUUGCCUGUUUUGAAUCACCAAAAGAGGAAGAGCCUCGUCCAAUUGUGAAUCCUUGCGCGCCUUCACCCUGCGGGCCUUACUCAGAAUGCCGUGAUAUUAACGGCCAAGCGUCCUGCGCUUGUUUGUUGUCAUAUAUAGGAACACCGCCCAAUUGCAGGCCCGAAUGUUUAGUUAAUCCGGAAUGUUCGACUAGUCAGGCGUGUAUACAGAAAAAGUGUCGAAAUCCUUGCGAUGGAGUAUGCGGAGUAGGAGCAACUUGCAAUGUCAUUCGUCACACACCCACGUGUUCUUGCCCCAAUGGGUUUACUGGGGAUCCAUUUGUAGCGUGUAGACCAAUUCCCGAGGAAGAGACAACAGUCAAACCGACGGAUCCAUGCUUAAGUUGCGGUGCAAAUACGCAAUGCUUUAACGGUGUAUGUAGUUGCCUACCCGAGUAUCAAGGGGACCCAUAUUUUGGAUGUCGUCCAGAAUGUAUCUUGAAUUCAGACUGUUCGAGAGACAGGGCUUGCAUUAAGAACAAGUGUCGAGAUCCGUGCGGCCUUGGAAUUUGCGGUCUUAAUGCCGUGUGUUCCGUCGUAAAUCACGUACCAGUCUGCACUUGCGAACAAAGAAUGUCUGGCAACGCGUUCAUACAGUGCUUCCCGAUACAGGAUAUGAUACCGAAAGAUCCAUGUAACCCGUCACCCUGUGGACCAAACAGUCAGUGCCGAAGGAUAAAGGAUCAAGCUGUCUGCUCGUGUCUCCGUGGAUACUUGGAUGCGCCACCUAAUUGUCGAGCCGAGUGUACUAUUAGUUCCGACUGUCUCGCCAAUAUGGCUUGCAAUAAUCAGAAAUGCAUAGACCCCUGUCCUGGAACAUGUGGCAUCAGAGCCCAAUGUACUGUGGUCAAUCACAACCCGAUUUGUUCUUGUCCCUCCGAAUUGACUGGCGAUCCCUUCACUCAGUGCAUCCCAAAACCGACAGAACUUCCAACGCCCGUUAACCCUUGCGUUCCGUCUCCGUGUGGACUUAACAGUAGAUGUGACGUUGUAAACAAUGCAUAUUCGUGUUCUUGCUUACCAGAGUUUAUUGGCGAUCCUCCAAAUUGUAGGCCAGAAUGCGUUAGCAAUAGCGAGUGCUCCACGCAAUUAGCGUGCAUUAAUCAAAAGUGCCGAGAUCCAUGCCCAGGCUCCUGCGGUAUUAAUUCUAAUUGCCGAGUAAUAAGUCACACACCUAUGUGCGUUUGUCUUGUCGGAUUCGAAGGGGAUCCAUUUAUAUUAUGUAAUCCUAAACAGAGCACUGCUAUAGAUGUUAUAAAACCAACACCUUGUAUUCCAUCACCGUGCGGUUUUAAUGCGAUAUGUCGCGAAUCGAACGGUGUUGGUUCUUGCACGUGUCAAGCGGAUUAUACAGGCAAUCCAUAUGAAGGCUGUCGACCCGAGUGCACGAUAAAUUCCGAUUGUACCGCAGAUCGAGCGUGUGUCGGAUCGAAAUGUCAGAAUCCCUGUCCAGGUUUCUGCGGGUAUAACGCAAUUUGCCAAGUGGUAAAUCAUGCGCCGUUGUGUACAUGUCAACCUGGAUACAGCGGCAAUCCAUUCGUUUCUUGUAACAGAAUUGUGCAAGAUACGCAACGUAAUCCAUGCAGUUCCUCACCCUGCGGACUUAAUAGUCAAUGUCGCGAAUUAAAUGGUCAAGCUGUGUGCACUUGUUUACCCACAUUUAUCGGAACCCCGCCGAAUUGUCGCGCGGAAUGCACCGUCAGUUCCGACUGUCCUGUAAAUCGUGCGUGCAAGAAUCGCAAAUGCGUUGAUCCAUGCCCUGGAAUUUGUGGCAUCAACGCGAGAUGCGAAGUGAUUAAUCAUAGCCCGAUUUGUAGUUGUAAUCAAGGUUUUACCGGUGAUCCCUUCGUAACGUGCUUCCAAACGAAUACCCCUCAGCCAGAAAAUCCGUGCGUUCCGUCUCCCUGCGGUCCAUUUGCCACUUGUCGUGAUAGCGGUUACUCGGGCGUGCCGACGUGCACGUGUCUGGAAAAUUACAUCGGUAGUCCUCCGAAUUGUCGGCCAGAAUGUACCGUAGAUUCCGAGUGCAACAGCAAUCAGGCUUGCUUGAGACAAAAAUGCAGAGACCCAUGUCCGGGCUCGUGCGGUAUCGGCGCCCAAUGUCUUGUGGUUAAUCACAUGGCCGUCUGUCUCUGUCCGACGGGUUACACUGGAGAUGCGUUUGCCAAUUGCUUCCCGGAACCUCCUCCUUCUGCAGCUGUGCCACAAGAUCCUUGCAAUCCAUCCCCGUGCGGAGCCAACGCGGUGUGUCGCGAUGGUACCUGCACCUGUUUGCCUCAAUAUCAAGGUGAUCCUUAUACCGCGUGUCGACCAGAAUGCGUGCAAAAUCCAGACUGUCCAUUAGACAGGGCAUGCGUUCGUAACAAGUGCCUUGACCCGUGCACUGGAGUUUGCGGGCAAAACGCAAAGUGUACGGUCAUAAAUCACACGCCAAUGUGCGCCUGUCCAGACGGAAUGUCCGGUAAUGCGUUUGCAGCGUGUUAUCCGGUGGUUCAAGAACCUGUCGUCCAGAACCCAUGUAACCCAUCGCCUUGCGGUCCAAACAGUCGAUGCCAGAGCUUUAAUAAUCAAGCAGUAUGUACGUGUAUACCUGGAUUCGUAGGAAAUCCGCCCGCCUGUCGACCCGAAUGCAUAGUCAAUACCGAUUGCGCGCUGAACGAAGCUUGCAUCAACAUGAAGUGCGGCAAUCCUUGCCUUGGCGCAUGCGGUAUAUCCGCUCGUUGCCAAGUGUUGAAUCACAAUCCGAUUUGUAGCUGUCCCGCCAUAUUUACCGGCGACCCGUUCGUACGUUGUAUACCAAGACCGGAGGACGUACCAAAACCGAUAAACCCGUGCCAACCGUCACCUUGCGGUCCUAAUUCUCAAUGCCAGGUCAUCAACGAUACCCCAUCGUGCUCCUGCAUGACGGAAUUUAUUGGAACACCACCGAACUGUAGACCGGAGUGCGUUAGCAACAGUGAAUGCCCAAGCCAAAUGGCGUGCAUCAAUCGUAAAUGUAGAGACCCAUGUCCUGAAUCUUGUCACCCUCUGGCCAAUUGUUUCGUUGUUAAUCAUGUGCCUACCUGCACGUGCCGUGCCGGUUAUACAGGAGAUCCAUUUGUCCAAUGUACUAUUAUGCCCAGUAGCGAACCACCGGCACCGAUUCAGCCUUGUCAACCAUCCCCUUGUGGAACAAACGCCAUAUGUAGAGAACAAAACGGCGUUGGUUCUUGCUCAUGUUUGCCCGAGUAUAUUGGAAAUCCCUACGAUGGAUGCCGCCCUGAAUGUACUAUUUCAUCAGAUUGCCCCGCACUUUUAGCUUGCAUCGGGUCGAAGUGUCAGAAUCCAUGUCCCGGCUCAUGCGGCACCAAUACCAAUUGUCAAGUUGUCAACAAUGUCCCUGUUUGCACUUGUAUCCCUGAUUACACCGGCAAUCCGUAUAUAAAUUGCAUUUAUCAAACUCUUGACAUUCCCGAACGUGAACCGUGCAAGCCUUCCCCUUGUGGUCCCAACAGUCAAUGCACCGACAAUAACGGUCAAGCCGUCUGCUCUUGCUUGCCCCAGUUUAUCGGAACUCCGCCAAAUUGUAGACCGGAAUGUCUAGUAAAUUCGGAAUGCGGGCCGAACCGAGCAUGCGUGAAUCAAAAAUGUGUAGAUCCGUGCGUUGGCACUUGCGGCCGCGAUGCUCAAUGCAAGAUUGUACAUCACAGCCCCAUUUGUGUCUGUGCCAACGGUUUCACUGGCGAUCCGUUCAUCUAUUGUUUCGCAAUGCCAAUUCCGAAACCAGAAAUUGAAUAUCCGAAGGACCCAUGUUUGCCCUCACCUUGCGGUCCCAACGCUUUGUGCAGAGCUAUUGGUGAUGCCCCCGCGUGCAGUUGCACGCAAAAUUACAUGGGUGUUCCACCUAACUGCCGACCUGAGUGUUCAAUAAAUUCGGAUUGUCCCGCUAACAGAGCUUGUAUCAGAGAAAAAUGUAGAGAUCCCUGUCCAGGAUCGUGCGGCCUCUUGGCGCGCUGUUCGGUGAUUAAUCAUACGCCGUCCUGCGUAUGUCCCGAAGGAUACACCGGUGAUCCAUUCGUCAGUUGCAACGUGAUGCCUCAGAUACCUCUACCUCCCCCAGACCGAUGCAACCCUUCACCGUGCGGUCAGAAUGCUCGAUGUAACAAUGGAAUUUGCACAUGCAUACUCGAAUACUUUGGAGAUCCGUAUGCCGGCUGUCGACCGGAAUGCGUGAUUAACACCGACUGUCCCCGCGAUAGGGCAUGCAUGCUCCGCAAAUGUCGCGAUCCGUGCGUUGGAACAUGCGGCGUUAACGCGGAAUGUGUCGUUGUUAAUCAUUUGCCCAUGUGCAGCUGCCCGAGAAACAUGACCGGUAACGCAUUCGUUUCGUGCACACCCAUUCAAGAAACUAUCAUCGUGGAACAACCGUGCAAUCCAUCUCCGUGCGGUCCAAAUAGUCACUGUCGUGCGUCAAAUGGCCAGGCGAUUUGCGCGUGUAUCGCUGGAUUUAGAGGUGCCCCGCCGUCUUGUAGACCGGAAUGUAUCAUAAGCUCCGAUUGUGCUCGCGACAGAGCUUGCAGCAAUCAGAAGUGCAUCGACCCGUGUCUCGGUGCAUGUGGAUUAACCGCCCAGUGUACCGUCGUGAAUCACAACCCGAUAUGCAGCUGCCCGCCCCUGUACACGGGAGAUCCGUUUGUUCAAUGUAUUCGCCAACCGGAAAAACCACAGCCACCAGUAGACCCCUGUCAACCCUCACCUUGCGGCCCGAACGCGGUAUGUCGAGUCCUCAAUGGCGCUCCAUCGUGCUCGUGUCUGCCCCAAUUUAUGGGUACCCCACCUAGAUGUAGACCGGAGUGUGUCAGUAACAGCGAAUGCCCCAGUCAACAGGCUUGCAUUAAUCAGAAAUGCCGUGACCCUUGCCCGGGAUCGUGUGGCAGAAAUGCCGAAUGCAGAACAGUCAGUCAUACCCCAAUGUGUGUUUGCGCCAAUGACUUUACUGGCGAUCCAUUCGUUCAGUGCAAUCCCCGACCAAUCGACACGUCGCUUGUGCCAUUAAAUCCGUGUCAACCAUCACCAUGCGGCGCAAAUGCUAUGUGUCGUGAAAUUUCUGGCUCGGCCUCCUGCACUUGCCUACCCGAUUUCUACGGGAAUCCAUACGAGGGUUGUAGACCUGAAUGCAUAAUCAACUCCGAUUGUACGUCCAAUCGCGCUUGCAUAAGAAAUAAGUGUCAGGAUCCUUGUCCGGGUACAUGCGGUGUCAAUGCGAUCUGCGAAGUCAUUAAUCACAUACCGGCGUGUAGCUGUCAACCGAGAUACACGGGAGAACCAUUCAGAUACUGCGAACCCAUGCAAGAAACUCCUCCAACGCCUGUAGGUGAUCCUUGUCAGCCGUCGCCAUGUGGUCCGAACAGUCGAUGUCUCAAUGUAAACGGAAAAGCCAGCUGUUUCUGCCUACUCGACUAUCAAGGAAUACCUCCCGAUUGCAGACCCGAGUGUGUCGUUAGCACAGAAUGUCCUAUGAAUCGCGCGUGCGUCAAUCAGAAAUGUGUCGAUCCGUGCCCAGGUGUAUGCGGCAUCAACGCCAAAUGCGACACCCUGUCCCACAGCCCAUUCUGCAGUUGCGGAUCCGGUCAGAUUGGAGAUCCCUUCGUCAAGUGUUUCGACAUGCCCCCGAUGCCUACACCACCGCUACAAGUAAACCCCUGCGUCCCGUCACCUUGCGGCCCGUUCUCUACGUGUCAAGACAGAGGGGGCUAUCCGUCUUGCGUAUGCAUGCCCAAUUAUAUUGGAUCGCCACCUUAUUGCCGUGCCGAAUGUUCAAUUGAUUCUGACUGCACCAGCAAUAAGGCUUGCAUCAGAGAAAAAUGCAGAGACCCCUGUCCUGGAUCUUGCGGUUUUAACGCCCUGUGCACCGUGAUCAAUCAUACCCCGGCUUGCACCUGUCCUGAUGGAUAUACGGGCGAUCCUUUCAGCAAUUGUUAUCUGGCGCCUAUGCAAAUCCCUACAGUAAUAUCAGACCCAUGUAACCCGUCGCCAUGCGGGCUCAAUGCCGAGUGCCGUGGAAAUGGAAUUUGCAAUUGCAUAUCUGAAUAUCGCGGCGAUCCAUAUCAGGAAUGUCGACCGGAAUGCGUGCAGAAUUCUGACUGUCCGUACAACAGAGCUUGCGCGAAUAACAAAUGCGUGGACCCCUGCGUCGGAAUUUGUGGCCAGAAUGCGGAAUGCGCGGUCAUUAAUCACGUGGCCACUUGUAGUUGUGUCAAGGAUUACGAAGGCGAUCCGUUCACCCUCUGUAGGCGUGUGCAACCACGUGUCAAACCCUGCGAGCCCUCCCCCUGCGGACCCAACAGCGUUUGCCGCGAAUUCGGCGAGCAGGCCUCUUGUUCUUGUCUACCUGGUUACUUUGGAAUCCCGCCAAGCUGCAGACCCGAAUGUCUCGUUAACACCGAUUGCGAGCAGAGCAAGGCUUGCGUGAACACGAGAUGCCGCAAUCCCUGUGAAAACGCCUGCGGCCAGAACGCGUUAUGCGUCGUGCGGAAUCACAAUCCAAUUUGCAGGUGCCCCGAUCAGCAUUCCGGUGACCCGUUCGUCAACUGUUUCCCCAUAACAACACCGGAAGUAGAACCCGCCAGGAACCCGUGUUACCCUUCACCAUGUGGAUUGAACUCGCAGUGCGCGGUAUCUGCCGAUAAUACACCCUCCUGCUCCUGUUUGCCCACCUUCAUAGGAUCUCCACCUAAUUGUAGACCCGAAUGCCAUGUAAACAGCGAAUGUCCCACCAAUCGAGCAUGCAUUAAGCAGAAAUGUACCGACCCGUGCAAUGGAUCGUGCGGACUCAAUGCACUGUGCCAAGUCACUUUGCACCAAGCCCGAUGCACCUGUCCCGAAUCAUUCACUGGAGACCCAUUCACAGUUUGCUCUGAGAUAAUAUCGACUCCAGCACCAACGGUACCGCCUAGACCGUGCAGUCCGUCACCGUGCGGAAUAAACGCGUACUGCCACGAGAGAUUCGACACGGCCAUUUGCGAAUGCAUACCGAACUACAGGGGCAAUCCGUAUCAAGGCUGUCAGCCCGAGUGUCUCGUGAAUACCGACUGUCCGAAGUCGCAGGCGUGCAUAAAGACGAGAUGUCAAGAUCCUUGUCCUGGCACUUGCGGCAUCGGCGCGAUCUGCACCGUGUCCAAUCAUGUCCCCAUUUGUUCCUGUCCUCUGCCGACCAUCGGAGACGCUUUUACGCUCUGCCAAGUCCCCGUUAAAGACUUCAAGGAAACGGAUCCGUGCUACCCUUCGCCGUGCGGUCCGAAUACUGUUUGUGACAAAAUUGGCAAUAAGGCAGUUUGCAAGUGUUUACCCGGAUUGCAAGGCGUUCCAACGAGUGUAACCGGUUGUCAUCCGGAAUGUGUCCUCAGUUCAGACUGUCCGGGCGACAAAGCUUGCAUUCAGAGCAAAUGCAGAGAUCCUUGUUCUCAGAAUGUGUGCGGCAGCAAGGCGGUGUGUAAGACGAUCAAUCACAGUCCACUUUGCAGCUGUCCAUCCCCGUUAAUCGGCAAUCCCUUCGAGGAAUGUUACACAAAGAUCGAAAUUGACCCGUGUAAUCCGUCGCCUUGCAAUUACAACGGCGAGUGUAGGAUGAGAAAUGGCGUCGCGAUUUGCAUCUAUCCCGAAUGCGUUAUCAAUUCAGACUGUCCGCGCGACAAGGCCUGCUUCUCGCAAAAAUGCAGAGAUCCUUGCAUCGGUGCUUGCGGCAUCAAUUCCAUCUGUCAGACCGUCAAUCACAAGCCAAUCUGUUCCUGUCCAGUUGGAUUCACGGGCAAUGCGCGAGUACAAUGUACAAUUCCAGCUCUUGAAGAACCAAUUCCGGAGUGCACGCACAAUUCCGAGUGCUCGAAUGACAAGACCUGCUUCAAUCAAAAGUGCGUUGAUCCAUGUAUCCUCGAUUCUUGUGGCCUUAACAGUCGCUGUUACGUGCAAAUGCACAGGGCUAUAUGCGUCUGUAAUGAUGGCUUUACCGGAUAUCCUCAGCAAUACUGUCAUCAACUUGGCUGUCGUAGCGAUAGCGAGUGCGCAUUGGUUCAAUCUUGUAUCAACAAUGAGUGUGUCGACACCUGUCUGGUUACACAAUGCGGUAUCAACGCAUUGUGUACCGCUGACGGAUACCACAAGACUCGAUGCUAUUGUCCUGACGGAUAUACUGGUAAUCCCUAUGAAAUAUGCGACCGACCUGAGUGCACUAACGACAAUGAUUGCGCUCCGUCCCUGGCCUGCCGCAACUUGAGAUGCGUCAAUCCUUGCAACUGUCCACCACCAGCAUUGUGUAAUGUCGUUAAUCAUCGACCGAUAUGUAAAUGUCCACCUGGUUACAUGGGUAAUCCUUACACCUUGUGUCUUGUGGAUCUAUUAGAACCACAGCCGGAAUGUCAAGUCGACGCCGACUGUCCCAGCAAACUGGCAUGUUUCAAUGGUAUUUGCAAAGAUCCAUGCGCAGAAACAAAACCAUGCAUUGUUAGCGCUAAAUGUAGUGUCGUAGAUACUCUACCGAUGAGAACAAUGAUCUGCGAAUGCCUGCCGAACUUUGCUGGCGAUGCCACCGUUGCUUGCGUGCCAGUGGACAAACAAAUUGUUGCGAUAUGUGAAAGUGACUCGCAAUGUACACCGGAUAUGGCCUGCUUAAACCGCCGUUGUAUCAAUCCGUGCACCGUCAAUCCUUGCGCACGAAAUGCAGAGUGCCAUAUCGAAAACCACCGCCGCACAUGCCAGUGUCCCCGCGGAUAUGUCGGGAAUCCGUUUAUAAAUUGCUACGAAGAAAAUAUAGUUCUUCCGGAAUGUAGAACAAACGGCGAAUGUCCAUCCGAUAAAGCGUGCAUAAACCAACUGUGUCAAGAUCCGUGCUCCAGCAAUCGUUGCGGCCUAAAUGCGGAGUGCAUCACGAUCAAUCAUCAUCCUUCUUGCCAUUGCCAACGCGGUUACGCGGGCGAUCCGCAAGCUCAAUGCUUCAGACCGGAAUGUAAGACGGACAAUGACUGUCCUUAUGACAAGACUUGCCGGAACGACAAUUGCGUUACUCCGUGUCUCAUCGGUGACGUCGUGUGUGGUCGGGGUGCGGAAUGCAGAGCGGUGUCUCACCGAGCUCAAUGCAUCUGCCCGCAAGGCACACAAGGUGAUCCGCGUGUGGCGUGCAUCUCCGCGAUCUGCCAUUACAACGAAGAUUGCGCCGAUCGCGAGGCCUGCGACAGACUGAACAGGGUCUGUAGACCGGUUUGUGACGAAGAUGCCUGUGCCGACACUGCGAUUUGCGUCGCGCGCGAUCAUCAGCCAAAGUGCACGUGUCCUCCGGGUACUACCGGAAAUCCAUACGUAACAUGCAUCGGUGAACCUUCAAUCGAGUUGGAGUGCACACAGGACAGCGAUUGCGAAUUGAAUCUGGCUUGUAUCAACACGAAGUGUCAAGACCCAUGCAUAUCCUCUAGUAUGUGUACCAGUGAACAGGAAUGUAAAGUUCUGAAUACGGAACCACUUCGUACGAUGAUCUGUCUGUGUCCACCGAACACGAUCACCGAUAUCAAUGGUCAAUGCAAGCCGAUUGUGUUGGACGACGUGCAGUGUCAUUUGGAUCAAGAUUGCGCUAACCACGAGACGUGCCUGGACGGAAAAUGCAUAGCUGCCUGCUUAACGACUCAGUGCGGUCUUAACGCACAAUGUAAAUCCACGUCUCACACUGGUGUCUGUUUCUGUUCUCAAGACUACACUGGCAACGCUUACAUUGAAUGCGCGAGAGUUCCAGUUAUUCCAUUGCCUGCACCCCGACCAGAAUGCUACUCGAACAGCGAAUGUGCGCGCGAUAAGCAAUGCAUAAAUUCGCUCUGUGUAAAUCCAUGUGUCGCUGGCGAGCCUUGCGGCAGGAACUCUCUGUGCCACGUCGACGAUCACAAUUCGGUCUGCAAGUGUCCAAUCGGCUAUAUCGGCGAUCCGAUGACCAAGUGCAUACCACCGGAAAUCAUACCUGAGUGCGUGUCGAAUAGCGAGUGCGCAGGAAACUAUGCGUGCGUCAACGGCGCGUGCAUUAAUCCCUGCAACUGUGGACCCAAUGCCAAGUGUAACGUCGUAAAUCAUUAUCCUUCUUGCGUAUGUCCUCCGGGUUAUUCUGGAAAUCCUCAAUUGGGAUGCUUCAAACUCGAUUGCGAAUCCGACAGCGAGUGCGAUUACGCGGGCGCUUGCUACAAUGGACAAUGCGUGAAUCCUUGUAUCUUGGACAACAAAUGCGCCAUCAACGCGGAAUGUUAUGGCAAGAAUCAUCGAUCGGCUUGUCGUUGCGGUCCGGGCUACAACGGCAAUCCGCAGAUUCAUUGCGAGAGAGUCGAAUGUAGCACGGACUACGAUUGCCCCCACAAUCUGGCUUGCAACGAGGGCCGUUGCAUAAAUUCAUGCGCGGAGAGUUCACCCUGCGCACAGAACGCGGUUUGCUACGUCCAGGAUCAUGUGCCGUACUGUCGCUGCCCUGAAAAUAUUCCGCUGGGAAAUCCAUUCUCCUAUUGCGAGCGACGUCUAGUGGACGAAAUCGAGGAGCCCGAGUGUAGAUUCGACAUUGAUUGCUCGGACAAAUUGGUGUGCAUCCGAGAAAAAUGCAUCGAUCCUUGCCCGAUCAUCAAACCGUGUCUGGAGAACGCUCGUUGCGACGUUCUCGACACGGUACCCGUAAGGACCAUGAUUUGCACGUGUCCGGAGGGAUGGAUCACCGAUGUCGACGGUGUUUGCAGGCCAAUACAACUAACGGUCAUCGGAACGUGUACAACGAACGACGACUGCGGUGAUCGGGAGGCCUGCAUCAACAGACAAUGUCGCAAUCCCUGCAACUGCGGUACCAACGCCGCCUGCUACGUGAGGAAUCAUAAACCGAUCUGCUCGUGCGAGCAAGGCUACCAGGGCAAUCCCGAGAUCGCUUGCCACUCCGUCGAGUGCCGGCACGACAGUCAGUGCACGCUGGACAAGGCAUGCGAAAAUAACAACUGCGUGAAUCCGUGCCUGAUCACGGACCCAUGCGGCACCAAUGCCGAGUGCUUCCCGAACAACCACGUGGCUGACUGUCGCUGCCGCAAGGGUUACCACGGCAAUCCCCUGGACCGCUGCCGAGUGAUCGGCUGUUACAGCAACGGCGACUGCCCGGGCGAUCAUUCGUGCAUCAACAUGCAGUGCAUCGAUCCUUGCGUCCAUGACAACCCCUGCUCGCCCCACGCGGAGUGCAGGGUCCUGAACCACCUGCCGAUAUGCCGCUGUCCGUCAGGCUUCACCGGAAACCCGUACGUCAAUUGCAGGCCGGAAAUCAGGCCCGAGUGCAGAGAGGACAGUGACUGUCCGGACAUGCUCGCCUGUCUGAGCAACAAGUGCCAGGUCCCGUGCCCGAUCAUACACCCGUGCACCGAGCCGUCCGAGUGCCGGGUCCUGCCGACACAUCCGAUACGCACUAUGGUAUGCGUGUGUCCGAGCGGAUACGUAAGCAGCGGUAGCGGUACUUGCCGGGCCACCAAGCCAAUUCUUAAGAUCGAGUGCACCAAGGACGACGAUUGUCCUUCGGAACGGUCCUGCGUGAACGCGAUCUGCAGGGAUCCCUGCGCGUGCGGACCCAACGCCGUCUGCAAUGUCAUCAAUCAUAAACCGAUAUGCUCGUGCACCCUGGGAUACGAUGGAAAUCCGGAUGUUCUUUGUACAAGGGUUGUAGGAUGCAGAACGGACGGCGAUUGCAGCGGUUCGCACGCGUGCGUCCAACGCAACUGCGUGCCGGCGUGCUCGCCGUCUGUAGCCUCCUGCGGCAAGAAUGCCGUGUGCCACGGUAUCAAUCACAAGGCUAUCUGCGAGUGUCCACCCGGUUUUGGUGGCAAUCCGCGGGUCUCCUGCGUCCUGCUAGGAUGCAGAACCAACUCGGACUGUCCCACCAACAAGGCUUGCGUCAACAACCGCUGCGAAAAUCCUUGCGCGCAGAACCCGUGCAUCGGUAUCAUGGACUGCAACGUUUAUAAUCACGUUGUGGAAUGCGCGUGUCCGCCUGGCUAUGUUGGCGACGUCAAGACAGGAUGUACCGAGGUUAAAGAGAAGUGCAAAGCGGACAAUGAAUGCCCGUCCCAAACUGCGUGCUUCAAUGGACAAUGUAUCAAUCCAUGCACUAAGAUUUCACCAUGCGGUAUUAACGCCGAGUGCAAGGUCUUGGACACCAGUCCGAUCAGGACCAUGAUAUGCGAAUGUCUUCCAGGAUACCGUGGAAACGCAGUUGUUCGUUGUGACCCAUUAUCGGACGCGUGCCCGAUCGGGAAAGGCCAGAUCCGUGAUAAGUACGGCAAUUGCGUUUGCCCGAUUGGAUUCGGUAAGGAUGUGAACGACAUAUGUAUACCUUGUCAGAGGCAAUCUAACAUGGUGAUAAAUGAGGAAGGCUACUGCGUGUGCGACUUAGAAAAGGGCUUCAGUAUAGACGAAUACGGUCGUUGCGUGUGUCCAACGCAGUACGGAUACGGAAUAGAUACCAACGGAUAUUGCAGACAGAUUGAUUUCAGUAUAAUCGAGUGCAGACGUAACGAUGACUGCGCUGAUGACAAAUACUGCGAUAAAGUCACCCGUACCUGCCAAGAUCCCUGCAAGAAACAACAGUGCGGUGUACACGCGCUUUGCAACACUACCAGACAUCAAGCUGUCUGCAUCUGUGUCAAUGGCUACUUGGGCAAUCCGUACACCCAAUGCUAUAACAGAAAAGAUGGUCGAACAGAUUUCCCCAAACCGGGAAUGGACGUGAGCUGUUUGUCGGAUGGAGUGCAAGUCGUAAUACAUUUGCAGGAUCAAGAUUUUGAUGGGGUUUUGUAUGUUAAAGGACGCAGCAAAGAUGAACAGUGCAGACGAGUUGUCUCGAUACCGGCUGAUGCAGAUCACAAAACAGAGACGUUCAAAGUUGCCUUUGGCAAUUGCGGACUUAUACAUGUGAAUGGACAAGCUAGCUUUGUGUUUGUCAUACAGAAACAUCCGAAAUUGAUGACUUAUAAGGCACAAGCUUAUCAUAUUAAAUGUAUAUACCAGACUGGAGAACAAAAUGUUACCCUCGGCUUUAACGUCUCCAUGUUAACGACUGCUGGAACAAUUGCUAAUACUGGUCCUCCACCUAUAUGCGUAAUGAAAAUAGUUGCUCAGAAUGGAAAUGAAAUUAACUCGGCCGAAAUUGGAGACAAUUUAAUGCUCCAAGUGGAAGUUCAACCUUCAACUAUUUACGGUGGAUUCGCGCGAAAUUGCGUCGCUAAAACUAUGGAGGAUAACUUGGAGAACGAGUACAUCGUAACGGAUGAGAAUGGCUGCGCGACAGAUCCCACGAUAUUCGGAGAAUGGGAACAAAAUCCUGAGACUCAAUCCCUAAUGGCUAGUUUUAACGCGUUCAAGUUCCCCAGCAGCGACAAUAUAAGAUUCCAGUGCAAUAUACGCGUAUGCUUUGGACGCUGUCAACCUGUAAAUUGUCGCGGUUACAAUGCAUUUGGCCGUCGUCGCAGAGACGUUGAUUCCGUUAUUAACGACACAUCUCUAAGUGUAUCCGAUGGAUUUGAAGGUCAACUUCGUGAAGAGAUAACCAUACAAUCGAACUUAAUAUUUACUCUGGAAAGGAGAGAGGAAAGGUAUACAGCAGAUCCAGCUGAAGCUCCUUCAGCACAAAGAGUGGAAGAUAUCUGUGUUUCUAUGGUCGGCUUUAUCAUAGCGUUGAUAAUUACGGCGCUCUUGGCACUGGUUGCCGUAGCUAUCGCUGUGUCAUGCUGGCUUAUGGCGUAUCGACGUCAGCCAAAGACUGCUGGACCACUGCCACACCCACCAGAGUUCCCAAACCCUUUGUUCACUACUGAAUCUGUAGCUGAACCUUCUCCUGAUUAUCACCUAUCAUAAGUCCCUUAGAGUAAUAUUUUAUAAAUAACAUAAAUUUUUAUAAUUCACGUGGAAUGCAUCUCAGACCAUUCGUCCUACUGGUCGGUUUUGUAUUUCUGUACACAACUCCUCCAGUGACUAUCAUUUCGUUUCUUUGUACUCUCUCUUCAAGGGUUCGAACAACAAGUCACUGUUAUACACCACAAGUCAUGAUACAUAUAUACUAUUUAUGGUGAUGGUUUGCUUCCAUUAUCUACUUGCAAGUGAAAACGCGGGACUGUCUCUUCCUUUCAUGUGUCUUUCCUGUAUUAUUUUCUCUAGUCAGUGGAGGAUUUGUUAAAUGUAAUGCUACGAAUUUAAUUCCUGUGUAAAGUCAACGAAUUAGUCUAAUAUAGCUUUCUUAUUACGAAAAUAGGUAAUUGUACAUUUUAUCUAAUAAAACGCUAACGAAAUAUUUUU